AUGGAUCAACUUCCACUCACGGAACUUCAAUUCAUGCGACUGGAUCAACUCAUGGAGCGUCUUUAUCACACACCUCUACUGGCUCUCAUAGCUCUACAUCUUCCCACGGGUCAACUUCAAUCCAUGAGACUGCAUCUCAUGGGACCUCAUCACACGGAUCUACAAGCUCUCACAGCUCUACAUCCUCCCACGGAUCAGCCUCAACACAUGGAUCAACUUCGACACAUGAGACUGCAUCUCAUGGGACCACAUCAUCGCAUGGUACCUCAUCAUCACACGGAUCUACCAGCUCUCACAGCUCUACAUCUUCUCACGGGUCAGCAACCCACGGGUCAACCACAACCCACGAGUCAGCUUCAACCCAUGGGCCAACCACCCACGGAACUUCAUCUGAAGCAACCGGAUCAGCUCAUGGAGCGUCGUCAUCCCACACCUCUGCAAGUUCCCACGGCUCAUCUUCUCAUGAGUCAACCUCUACCCAUGUACCAACUUCAACUCAUGGAACUUCAUCCCAUGGCUCUACUACCUCACAUGGAACAACCACGUCCCAUGACUCCACCUCGACUCAUGUAA